AUGGUGUCUUGUGGUCAUAAAACAACCACCACAAAAAUGAGAACCGCUGAUCCCGAAAAUAUUUGCGCUCAUUUUUCAAUAUCAACAAUUGAUAAUGAAUUGUUUGAAGUUACGUCGUUAAUAAUUAUCUGUUGUUAUGAAUUGAUGAUAGUUGGAAAAUUCGUAUCAAUCAUAUGGCGUAUAUUUUUCGAUAAUCAGUUAUCCAUAAUAUUGUCAAAGCUUGAAAAAAUUCAUGAAAAAUUGAUUCGCUUGAAUAUGGUUGAAAUGAUAGAAAUAAAGAUGAAUUGGUUUUUUAUUAUUGGAAUUAUUGUACAUAUAUUAUCAAGUAUUAUAACUCCAUUAUUAUGGUUGUACAUUAGUAUCAAAAAUGCUGAAAUGAUAAAUAUGGUUAAUUGGAUAUGGUUAACUGCUUGCGAAUGUGGUUCAUUUUAUGAAUACAUACUACUAAUAUUAUACAUACAGCGGAUGGUGUACAUGAUAAAUGAAAAUAUUCCAGAAAGAAAUACAUGUUUAAGUACAUUCAGAGAUAUGUAUUUGGAAGUUUUAGAAUGCUUAAACCAUAUAAACAGAUCAAUUUAUGGUUUGCCGGUCAUUGUUGCAUUUAUUUUCGGAAAUAUUUGUGAUAUCAUUAAAUGGACAUACAAUCAUUUGUUAUUUCCUAGAACGUAUAUUAACGAUCAGUAUUAUUUUUUAUUGGCUAGCAUAGAAUUGUUAUUAAAAAUAGCCAAUGUUAUAAUAUUAUAUGGAGUUGGUCACGUAACGGAAAAAGAGAUUAACCGGAUGACUCUUGUUCUACAUCAACGGUCCGUAAUAGAAAGAAAUCCUAGAAUAAAACGACAGAUUAAGAUUUUUAUACUACGAAGAUUUCACGAAUACUAUCGUUUUGAGCUGUAUGGAAUAUGUCAAAUCAAUCUAAGAAAACUACUUAUUUUAAUAAACAAAACAAUUGCUUAUUUAAUAAUUCAAAUUAUGUUCAAAUUAAAUAAAUAA